AAUAUACUGUCAGUGUCAAACGUCAUUUUCACCAACUUUCAAGAGACUGAAGAGAUUUUGAUUUGAUUAACUCGCUGGGAUUUCGGAAUAUUAAAACUUAUUAUUUUAUGGUUUUUUAACACGCCAAGUAUUAGAUAUUUAUCAAAAUGGUAGAAGCACAAAAGUAUAGAGUUGAGCAAGAAAUGACGAAUCUAGUCAAUGAGCUAGACCGGAGUUAUUUGCGAAAAAUGCAGGGUGACAUGCAUAGGUGUGCAUCAAAAUGCUGUGAUGAUCAACAAUCUUCAUUAGAGAGGGUCCACGGGUGUAUAGAGAACUGUACCACUUCAUUAAACCAGGCCAAUAAUUAUGUACAAAAAGAAAUUAAUCACCUACAAAACAGACUGCAGCGCUGUGUUAUGGACUGCAAUGAUUCAGUACGAGACAGAUUAGGCCCAGAUCCUAGCCAAGAAACUAUCGACAAAUGCACAAUAGAAUUUGAGAAGUGUGCAGUAAAAUGUGUUGAUAAGCACAUAGGUUUGAUUCCCGGAAUGAUGAAAUCCAUGAAGAAGGUUCUAGCGAGCGGCAAACCACCUCCAAUGAGUGAAUGAAAAUAAAUAUAUAUUUAAAUAAUAAUGUAUCUGGUAAUUUAUAAACAUGUUAAAAUCAAAUAUUCUUUAUUCAAGUUGGCCUAUCGCAGGCUCUAUAAAGCCUACUUACAUUGUUAUUGUGGGGUGAUGGUGAUAUCUUUAUAUUUGUUAACAUAAAGCUAAAGCUACUGGGAUUCCAAAAGUACUCUGGUUUCAAAUGAGGCCCACAACUACCAAUCAAACUUACAUCUAUUGUAAAGUUUUUUGCUAUCACCUUCCCACGGAAAAUUGAUUUGAUGACUAGCUAUGAAGCUCGUUUAAGCAAUCACGUUUAGAAUAUAAAAGGUAUAUCCUUUAAGGUUACGUUUUAUAAGAAACUUUUAACAUAUUCAAAGACAUCUCCAAUAUUUCAUUUUGUUCCUUAGUGUAGCCGGUACUGCGAGAUUUUUUCCCAGUCAGCGUCAACGACACUACAUAGUACUCAGUGGCGUGCACUUGGUUUCUUACCAGGGUAUGCAUACAGCAGGAAAAUUGCAUAAAACGGCAAAAACCCUCCCGUUUUACGAGAUUUAUAUAAAUUUUAGGGUAUGCAGUGCUUUUGUGCAUGUAUGAAGUGCACGCCACUGAUAGUACUAGUACUUUUCUAUUAUUAUGAAACUAGUGGACGUUCAUUCCUACUCCUAAUAAUGUAAACUACUAUUUACUGCGAGGCACGGUCUCCUACAAUAGGAAGGGAACAUCUAAACUUGGCUGGCGGACUAACCGUAGUACAAUACGCCGGCCAAGUGUAGAUUGAUAGGCUUAAUAAUGUAAAGUAUAUAAACUAGAAAUGUUACAAAAUGUCUAUCAAUUCUUAAAACACUAACGAUUAUGAGAAAAAUAAAGAACAUGUUUUUUUUCUUUUGCGGAUUUACAUAAAAAGAAUGAUACGGACCUGCGUACAAAUAGUUUACACUAAUUUA